CUAAGAACUUGCUGUACGACCAAAUGCAGAACCAUGAAUGCCUUUUUUGUCUUCAAGCUUUUAAGCCUGAAGACAAACCAACAGUCCCUGUUUAUGCUAAAAUGCAUUCAAUGAGAAUUUUGUUCUAAAAACAAUUUCACUAUAGAAGGUACCUACCAAUGAGAGCCUUACAUCAGUGACAUUUGAUGGUUUUUUGACCUACACGAGGGACUUUUCUCCCCCAUAGUGGAGUUGCAUCACAUGGGCUCUACUUACGACUGGAGGGACAGGAUGAACCAAAGCUAUAAUUCAUAAUGUACAGCCUGAUAGCUUUUACAUUUUAAGACCUGUUAUAUAAGUUAUGCAUCAAUACUGCAGCUGUUUGUUAAUCAUUGUUUGUAAAAGAAAAUGUUUCUGAAUGUACCUUUUUUUUGUCUGCUCUUUACUUCUCACUUUUCCUGUCAGUGACCGUCUCUUUAGUUAUGACGCACACAUGUAUAAAUAAUGGCUUUAAUGUUUGUCAGCCUUCCAAGAACACUUGUGUUGCUGGUUUACACAUGUGCGUGUUCACACAUACAGUGCCUCUCCAGAGGAACUUCCUGUUUACUGCCAGCUGUGCCGCUGUGUAUCCUGACUGAGAGCCCCAACAGAUCCUGGCCUCUGAGCUCUGACCCCUAACCCUGGAGGGGUCGGGGGGUAGAGUGGAAGAAAAUGCGGGGCACCACCCUCUUUGCCCUGCUCACGGGGGUCAUGCUCUACCUCGUGAUGGGUGCGCUUGUUUUCCGCACCCUGGAGGCCCUAGAAGAGGAUUCGGCGUACAAAAAAUUGCUGGCUACCAAGCAAACCUUCCUGAAGAAUAAAUCAUGUGUCACAGAGCAGGAGUUCCACAUACUUGUGAAGGGAGUAGCGUAUGCAGUGGAGGCGGGCCUGGAUCUGAACCACCUUCCUGCAAACUUCACCAGCCGCUGGGACAUGGCCUCUGCUUUCUUCUUCUGUGGUACAAUCAUUACCACCAUAGGUUUUGGGAACCUGUCUCCUCGGACGUGGUACGGCCAGUUGUUCUGUGUGUGCUACGCUCUAGUGGGAAUUCCCAUGUUUGGCAUACUGCUGGCUGGAGUUGGCGAUCACAUGGGCACAGUGCUGCGAAAAGCUGUGGCCAAGAUUGAGACCCUCUUCCUGAAACGUAAGGUCAGGCCAACCACUGUGCGUGUGAUCUCAGCGGUUCUCUCAAUCCUGGUUGGCUGUCUGAUCUUCCUCGCAGUUCCAACAGUCGUGUUUCGGAAAGUGGAGGAUUGGACGUUUCUAGAGUCGCUCUACUUUGUGGUCAUCACCCUCACCACUGUAGGCUUUGGAGACUAUGUACCAGGUGAUGGUCGGACAGGUGAUGUGCUCUUCAAGCCCCUAGUGUGGCUAUGGAUUGUGUUUGGUCUCGCCUACUUUGCCUCCAUCCUCACCAUGAUCGGAAACUGGCUGAGAGUGCUGUCUAAGAAAACACGCGCUGAGAUGGAGGAGUUGAGGGCCCACGCUACAGACUGGACCCAGAACAUGUCAAUGGACUUUCGCAUCCCAAAUCCUCUGGAGUUCAAUGACCCAUUUCUCUUGCAGCGUCGGAAAUGGAAACGCAGCGAGCGUCGACGCAUGCGUCGAGGAGCCCAGGGCACUCUGGGACAAUGGGUCCGAGGAGGAUCUGAAAAUGGACACCUACCUAACCGCUGGGCUGGCCCCUCUAACUCCAUGAGUCAACAGCGGGCACGUUCGUCUCUUGAAAGGGCGGCGGUGCCUAAGUCCAGGCUGAGGGUCAGUGCUGAUGGAGCAGUCCCAAGAGCAGGGCCUGGAUUGAGGGUUGACCCCCCUGUGGGUCUUCAUGUGGAGGGCAGGUCGUUUCCUCACUCAUUGGCCCGCUCAUUCUCUCUCCCGGUGGCCCCCUCCACCUCAGAGCUGGACUCAGCAGGUGCAGCCAUGCAGGAAGGAUCACUUUCUGGUUCUGAGUCUCCUUCUGACUCCAGAUCAGACUGCUCCUCAGUCUCCUCAUCUUUCUUGGCGCUCCACAUGUUCCAACCCUGCUGUACACUCCAGGAAGAGGGAGGAACGAAAGCCACAGACACUAAUGUGGCUCAGGAGAUAAACAAAGAUAUUCCUGCAGAGAAGUGUGGAUCUGUAGCAAACAAUUACUUCCAUCACACACCUGCCCCUCAUUUAAUCCGUCGCUCCUCCUCUCCUUAUCCCCCUUUUCUUCCUUCUUCUAGCAAUCAGAUCCUUUUUCCCUCAGUUCCCCUGAACAUUGCCUCCUCAUCCGGCUGCCAUCUGCUGGAUUUCUUUGGAGAGAACCUUGCGUACAUUGACGAGUCCUCAGACACUCUGAGUGACCGCGUCCAGUCAGCAGGCAGUGAGGAGAAGAGGAGACGGCCACGAAAACCCAAAAGGAAGAGCAUGAGGAGGCAGCUCUCUCACAGAUUGAGCCCAGCGCAAGUGAAGAGGCCCAGCAUUGACAUGCAGCCUCCUUCAAAUCCCCCGACACCACCUCCAGACUCUUCCCUCUCAGACCUGCCACCAUCUGAGGGCCUGACCGGGUCAAACACAGAGAGCAACCACACCAAGCAUGCAGGGCCAAGAGGAGACAAAACAGAUUAAUCUACACCAAAACUAUGACUCUUAAAGUGACAGCAUGAGUACCACAGCUAAAACUCACCACAAUGAAUGUAGUUGAUGUUCAAGAAUAUUUUUUUGUAUCCAUGGUUUGCCUCACAAAAUCAGCCCGCAAAUUUUGCUGUGUUGUCUUUUUGAUUUGGCAAAGCUAAGAAAACAUUUGCUCAGGUCAGAUAACUACUAGGCUGUACUAGUAAUUGGUAUAUUUUGUCCUCAAAUAGAGGGAUAAAGAGACAUCAACAUGAACUGAAUCAUUGUAUUCAGAUAGUUAUAAUGAAAUAACAUGACUGAUGUUCUUCUUGAUGGCAUUUGAUUGUCAAAAAUAAAUAAAAGAAAAUGUCAAUUAUCAA